AUGUUGCUGUUCUUCCAAUCUUCUUUUGAAUCCCUUUCCGGUCUCCAGUGGUCCAAGGUUCUCUUCUUCCGCUUGUGGGAGGGAGAUGGCUUGGUCCAGUGUGGCCGGCAGUAUCCUUUCGUGGCCUCGAAGUGCAUUUGUGGUGGCACCUUGCCCUACAUCUGCUGGAUUUCCGAAAGUUUUAAUGCCUUGUAUCCUGAUCCAGACAUGAGCGCACGUGUGAUCGGCCAGACGUAUUGCUGGUUGGUACUGUCUUUAUGUCCUGCGCUCGAAGGCCUUCUACUGCUCUUCGCUUGGCAGCGACGUUGUGAUUUGAUCGCAGGGAUACUAAGCAGUGCUUAUUUGUUGCUGGUGGUCUUUCCAGAUACCUUGCCGCACCGUUGGCUGUUCCUGCACUAUGGUACUGCCAUGGUCGGCAUGGGCGUUGCCAUUCUCUUCCAGUUCAUUCUACCUUGGCAGUGCUUCUUGGCUCUAUGA